UCAACCAGGUCACCUUCAGGAAAGAUGGCGGCGGUGCAGGUCGCGGGUUCUCUGUUGGGCGGACCGCCGCGAGAGACGCCUCGGGAACCACCCCUCGAGCAAGGUAGUGGGUUCCGCCGCUUGUCCUCCAGGCUCUGCGCCCUGCGCCCGGAUGACAGCAGCUCCGGCCGCACCGAGAUACACCUGCUUUUCGACCAGCUCAUUUCCGAGAACUACAGCGAAGGCAGCGGCGUGGCCCCGGAGGAUGUCAGUGCUCUUCUUGUCCAAGCUUGCCGGCUGGUACCUCUUAAUCAGAAUCAUCUUGUCAGCAAACUGUGUCAGCUUAUCCACCACUUGCUUAACACAUUACAGGUAAUUGUUGAUGAACAGAACCUGGAUUUUCUGUUGGCAUAUGCUAUUUCUGCUAUUCAGCAGUGUAGUUCCUGGACACACAUGCAGAUUCUUCAAGCUCUGGCAGCUCUGGUUUACUGCAAUGGCUCAAAGUGUCAAAAGUACCUCCCAGACUUGCUUGGCAAGGGUGGAAUCUUGAUGAAGUUGAGUGACUUGGCUCAGUCAGACCCUGAAGUUAGGAGAGCUGCAGUGCAUUGUAUGGCAAACUUAUGUCUCAGUGUGCCAGGACAGCCAUACUUGGAGGAGCCCUACCAAAACAUCUGCUUCCAAGCUUUCUUGACUACUUUACAGGCUCCCAAAUCAUCUGCUAUGGAUGAUAUCACGUUUUGCAUGUUGUUACAAAAUUCAUUAAAAGGUAUACAGUCUCUUCUAAAUGGUGGGAAAAUGAAGCUGACACAGACUGAUGAACUUGGAGCUCUUUUAGCUGUGCUGAAGAAAUCCAUGUUCCAUGGACUCCCUGGACUAAACAUAGAGAUGCCCACGGUAUUAUACCCCACUCCACUUCCUCAGUACGAUGGACUACCACCCACCAAACCGCAGCAGUCAGAAUCCAGCUCUUCUCGACCAACUGUGAAUAAAAAGAAAAAAUCAAAAGUAAAACCGAAGAAAAUCCAGCAAGGAGAGGAGGAGGAGGAAGAAGAAUCCAGUGGUGAAAGAGAAGUGGCCCCAGUCUCUGGCUCAGGCAGACGGAACCUGCAUAAAGGGGAUGCUCAGUGCGCCCCCUCCCAGGGGGGUCAGAGUUUGCCAUUAGCUGCAAGCGGAGCUGCAGGAAAAGAUCGAGUCUCCUCACCCUUCAGUCCUUCCAGUUGGAAAAGGGUCAGCAGUAGUGAGUCAGACUAUUCUGAUGCUGAAGGAGGCAUGCAGAGUAAAGUGAGGUCUUAUCAAGCCAAAGUUCGCCAAGGAGCAUUAGCUUGCUUUCUUUCUACUAUAAAAUCAAUAGAAAAAAAAGUUCUUUAUGGUUACUGGUCAGCCUUUGUUCCUGAUACACCUGAGCUUGGAAGCCCACAGUGUUCCUUGAUGACUCUGACGUUAAAAGAUCCCUCUCCAAAGACCCGUGCCUGUGCCCUGCAAGUUUUAUCUGCCAUCUUAGAAGGCUCAAAGCAGUUUCUUUCCGUUGCUGAAGAUACCAGUGACCACAGAAGGGCUUUUACUCCCUUUUCUGUAAUGGUUGCUUCCAGCAUUAAAGAGUUGCACAGAUGUCUUUUGUUAGCUUUGGUGGCUGAAUCAUCCUCACAGACCCUCACUCAGAUAAUUAAGUGCCUUGCAAACUUAGUAUCAAAUUCACCUUAUAAUCGUCUGAAACUCAGCCUGCUGACCAAAGUCUGGAACCAGAUAAAGCCUUAUAUCCGCCACAAAGAUGUUAAUGUUCGUGUGUCAAGUCUAACACUCUUGGGAGCCAUAGUGUCCACUCACGCACCUUUACCUGAAGUCCAGCUACUUUUGCAACAGCCCUGUUCUUCUGGACUCAGCAAUAGCAGUUCAUCCACUCUGCACUUCAGCCCUCCUGACUGGUGGAAGAAAGCCCCGGCAGGACCCUUUCUGGAGGAGGCAUCGGUUAACACACCAAAGGGAUCUUCUGAGCCCUGCUGGCUCAUUCGCCUUUGCAUUUCCAUUGUUGUUCUACCCAAGGAGGAUUCCUGUUCAGGUAGCGAUGCUGGCUCUGCAGGAGGAAGCACCUAUGAACCAUUCCCCAUGCGAUUGGAGGCCUUACAGGUGUUGGCCCAUCUGGCAAGGGGCUACUUUUCAACCACUCAAGUCUACUUGAUGGAGCUUGGAGAGGUGAUUUGCAAGUGCCUGGGAGAGGCAGAUCCAGCCGUCCAGCUUCAUGGAGCAAAGCUUCUCGAAGAAUUGGGUUCAGGCUUAAUACAGCAGUAUAAACCGGAUUCUACCAUAGCACCCGAUCAGAGAGUGCCAGUCGCCUUGGUGGUGAUGUUCUGGACGAUGAUGCUGAAUGGUCCUUUACCCAGAGCCCUGCAGAAUUCAGAGCAUCCGACUCUGCAGGCCAGCGCCUGUGAUGCCCUGUCGUCCAUCUUGCCAGAAGCCUUCAGCAAUCUGCCGAGUGACAGGCAGAUCCUGUGCAUCACGAUGCUGCUGGGGCUGAAUGACAGCAAGAACCGUUUAGUGAAAGCUGCGACCUCGCGGGCCCUGGGGGUCUACGUGCUUUUUCCCUGUCUCCGACAGGAUGUCAUAUUUGUUGCAGACACAGCAAAUGCAAUAUUGAUGUCACUUCAAGACAAGUCUCUUAACGUCCGGGCAAAAGCAGCCUGGUCCCUGGGCAACCUGACGGACACUCUGAUUGUCAACAUGGAAACACCAGACCCAAGUUUCCAAGAAGAGUUUUCUGGCCUCCUGCUCUUGAAGAUGCUGCAAUCGGCUAUAGAGGCAUCCAAGGAUAAAGACAAGGUAAAAAGCAAUGCCGUCCGGGCCCUUGGAAAUUUGCUUCAUUUCCUGCAACCGUCUCAUAUAGAAAAACCCAGAUUUGCUGAAAUUAUUGAGGAGGCCAUCCAGGCCCUAAUUUCUACCAUUCUAAUUGAGGCUGCCAUGAAAGUCCGAUGGAAUGCUUGUUAUGCAGUGGGAAACGUAUUUAAAAAUCCCGCCCUUCCCUUAGGCACAGCACCAUGGACCUCCCAGGCCUACAAUGCCCUGACAUCAGUUGUGACCUCAUGCAAGAACUUCAAAGUGCGCAUCAGAUCUGCUGCUGCCCUUUCCAUCCCAGGCAAGCGAGAGCACUAUGGCUCUGUUGACCAGUAUGCUCAGAUCUGGAACGCAUUGGUCACUGCUUUACAGAAGAGCGAAGAUACCACAGACUUUUUGGAAUUCAAGUACUGUGCCAGCCUACGGACCCAAAUCUGCCAGGCGCUGCUUCACCUCUUGAGCGUGGCCAGCGCCUCAGACUUGUCCUGCAUCAAAGAAACCCUUGAAUUGAAUGGGGACAUGGUCCAGUCCUAUAUCCUACAGUUUUUAAAAUCAGGAACAGAGAGAGAUGACACCGGAGCACCCCCCAGCCCGCAGGAAAGAGACCAGAUGGUCAGAACAGCCCUGGAGCACAUCAGCAGUGUCCAGGCACUGGCUGGCGAUACAUCCAAAAGGGCCAUCAUGGGCUUUUUAGAAGAUAUCCUGACCGUUUAUUUUGACUCAUCUGGAUCACAAGUAGCACUCCUAGGAUUAACAAGUCGGUGAAUAUUCCACCAGGCUUUCCAGGUGUCACGUGGUAACAGGAAGACCUGAGCUUAAGCAGCAGAUGUAUGGGAUUUAAUCUUAGGGGUGGAAACAGUCCAGCCACUGACUUUUUAGAAUGAGUUAGCUGCUAUUUAAAUUUUUCUCAAGGGCUCAGUUGCUUUAGAGAGCGGUGUCGCCGCAUUGGCCGUGAUCAUGGUUGUUGGAACCUCUGACCUGUGCAACCAGGAACCAGGGAGUUGGGUUGUCGCGUGGGCCGAGCAGACUGGAGGUUUGUGAAGGGUGUUUGGUCUCAGAAGAGUUUUCUUUUUAAAAGCAAAAGGAUUUAGGAAUUAGAAUGUUGUAUAUUGUAUUGGGAAUUGUUUUUCUUUUAUAAUAAACUAAUGUAAAGCAGU